AAAACGGCUUUCAUUGUAAUCUUGACAACUGCCACACAUUCACCAGGGCUAAUAUAAAACACACACAACACACACUCAUAUAUCCCUCUGUCUUUUUCCAAUUUUAUUCCCUUGUCUUUAAAAUUAAAUUUCUUUUGGGGAAAUUCGGAAAGUGGCUUUAUUUAUUUAUUUUGUUAUUUGAUAUAUAAAAAUAAUUCGAGGGGUCUGGAAAUUACGUUAGGGUCAUAUUGUUGCAUUCCCUUUCUGCGGCCGGGGGCGUCAAGUUUCCAACUUUGAGGGAGAUCUCAUUUGGGUUUUGUUUGGUUUGAUUUGGGUCUGCAUUUCUUGAUCUCAAGAUAAAGAGGGUGAUUGUUUGGUGAUUUUAGAGAGAGAAAGGGGGGAGAGAGAGAGAUGAGCGGUGUAUCAAGAAUUUGGGAGAAGGUGAAUAUGAUGGCGGAAGGAGGAUCUCGGAAUUGUUCCAAGAAAUCUGAUGAUAUAUGUGGCGAUGCCUGUGGUGAGGAUUCGGGAAGGGCUUUGAGCAUGGCCAGAUUGAGAUGUAUUCUGCGGGGGCUGGAUUUCAAAGCAUUGCUCUUUCUCUUUGUGUUGAUCCCGACGUGUGUCUUUGUUAUAUAUGUCCACGGCCAAAAGAUCACGUACUUUCUGAGACCGUUAUGGGAGUCCCCGCCCAAGCCUUUCCACGAGAGACCUCACUACUAUCACGAGAAUGUGUCAAUGGAGAAUCUGUGUAAGCUUCAUGGUUGGGGGAUACGUGAGUACCCUAGACGUGUCUAUGAUGCAGUGCUGUUUAGCAACGAGGUAGACAUCCUCAAGAUGCGUUGGAAGGAGUUGUAUCCGUAUGUGACAGAGUUUGUCCUCCUUGAGUCGAAUUCCACCUUCACCGGGCUGCCAAAGCCCAACCUCUUCUCAACUGUCCGCGAUCAGUUCAAAUUUGUUGAGCCCCGUUUGACCUAUGGGCAGGUCCCGGGGAGAUUCAAGACGGGAGAGAACCCUUUUGUUGAGGAGGCGUAUCAGAGAUACACGUUGGAUUAUCUUCUCAAGCAAGCCGGCAUUCAGGAUGAUGACCUUUUGAUAAUGUCGGAUGUUGAUGAGAUCCCAAGUAGACACACGAUCAAUCUCUUGAGGUGGUGCGAUGACAUACCCCCGAUCCUUCAUCUUCGUCUCAAGAACUAUCUGUACUCGUUCGAGUUUUUCCUUGACAACAACAGUUGGAGAGCCUCUGUCCAUGUAUACCAAUCUGGCAAGACGAGAUAUGCUCACUACCGACAGUCUGAUGAGAUCUUGGCUGAUGCAGGGUGGCAUUGUAGCUUCUGCUUCAAACGCAUCAGCGAAUUCAUAUUCAAGAUGAAGGCUUACAGCCACGUGGAUCGGGUGAGAUUCUCUCAUUUUCUGAGCCCUAAGAGGAUCCAGAAAGUGAUCUGCAAAGGUGCUGAUUUGUUUGACAUGCUGCCGGAGGAGUAUACGUUCAAGGAGAUAAUCGGGAAGAUGGGGCCGAUCCCACAUUCCUAUUCGGCCGUUCAUCUCCCUGCAUAUCUCUUGGAGGCAGCUGAUCAAUACAAAUUCCUCUUACCUGGGAAUUGCAUAAGGGAAAGAGAGAGUGGCUGAGCUACACGAACGAGGCCGUGUAUCUUCUUGUACAGGUGGAGGAAGCAAGCUUCAGCUCGACUCCCGGGUAAGGGUGACCUUUAACCAAAUUCAUGGCUGCAGUGUGUGUUGUUUUUAUAACCAUGCUACAUACAUGUUCAGCCUACUUAUAUCAUUCUUGCCUUCGAGCUUUUGAGAAAACGAAGAAAAAAAAUGAGAGACAUAUCUCGGACUUUACUAGAUUGAGGUUUGUAUAUAAUCGUUCGUAGACUUGAUUUUCAUGCAACCGGAUAGUGCACUGAGCGAGAGAAACGAAAAGAAAAGAAAACGGGCUCUGCUAGGAACUACUUGUUGUAACUAGGGCGUUUCCAUAAUACAUAAACGCGCUAUGACUGUGCAUUACGCCCCCUUGAAGGCGGGGGGGUUGGUUCAUCGUUGUUGCUGGCCGUUUUUCCGUCUCUAGGAAAAUUUUUGGUGUGAGCUAAUAUAUUCAUCUGCAGAUUGUGAAACAUGCUGUAGUGCUUUCUUGAUUUUGGAUCUUCUCUCAAACUGUUUUUUUAUUUUUUCAAUGGAGAUAUGAUGUGAUGAUUCAGCUCUUGAGUUCUUGAGAUUUUCUUGCUAUUCUUUCCUCAAUUUUUACAGCUAAGUUUUGUCUGAAAACAGAGGAUUCUUGGCUUUGUGAAGCAUUGUUUGUUGAUGGAUAGCUGGUUUCUUGUUUGUUGAUGAACUAAGAAAUUAUGUGUGGGAAGAAAAAGAAUUAAAGAAAAAAGUCAAAUGAAAUAAAGAAUCUGAUACCCUCCCUCAAUAAUUUAUGAUGGUUUUUUGUCAUUGUUCAAGGUUGGCAUGUCCGAAUAUUUUUUCUAUUUCAAGAAAAUAUAAUCAUUAAUUGCCACUGAUGUGCAGCUCAUUACAUUUGCUUUAUUCAACACUUGCAAGUUACUACUAUAAUUUAAAUUAAAACCUUAUUAUACUUCAAAAUCUUUGUGAUCAUAUUAUAAUUGGCUACAUCAAUAAGGGCUUGUUCAUCAAGAUUGGCACUCAACCUUCAAAUACAUGAACUUUCUAUUAUUUCUAUUUUUCACAUGGUUCUCAAUUAUCCUCAAAUUAAUAUCGAUAUGGACGCCUAGAAUGUUUACAUGACUUAAACGAUAGAUGACAAAACGAUAUAGUUGGAUGUCUAUGCAAUUUUAAUUGGUCACGUUGAUAUUAAUUUGUUAUGUCAACUUGCCACUAUGGUAUUAACUGUGAAAAAUUUCAAAUGAUUGGAACUUCAUGUAUUUAGGCGCAAUUAUUCUUUGAAAAUCAGACAGUUAGAAUCACAACUGUUGAUUAGAAGUGAUGCAAGAUUCUUUCCCAAGUGGGAUCAAAAGCUGUAAGAAAUUCCUCAGAGAAAUUACCAAAAAGGAAUUGAAUUCCACAAAAUAUAAAACAAUAUUACCCCAUAAUGGGAAUUGAAUCAGAUGCAACCCCAUCUCAAAAAAAAAAACUAUAAGUAGUAGACACUAACACCAAUCAAUCUAUCAAGAGAGAGAGAGAGAGUCAAGAAAAUGCAGAUGUACAAGGAAGUAGUGGAGGAAUAUGAAUACAGCUACAGCAACAAUGGCUCAGACAUGCACAUGAUGAAGCCUGCUGCUGCACAGCACAGCUACAAUCAGAGCCAUGGCCAUGCGUCCGAGACGAGGUACGAGGAUGGCUGGGGCGGCGCCAAGAAUAAUGACCAUUAUGCCCUCGGUGGCAAGGUGCAUCACGGCGGCAAUGAGGGGAUGAAGCACGGUGGAUACGGGGCUGAUCAGGGGCAUUUUGGUCAUUACAAGGAGGGGAUGGGGAUGAAGAAUGGUGGAUAUGGGGGGGCUGAUCAUGGGCAUUUUGGUUAUAGCAAGGAGGAGAUGGGGAUGAAGCACGGUGGAUAUGGGGCUGAUCAGGGGCAUUUUGGUCAUCACAAGGAGGGGAUGGGGAUGAAGCACGGCGGAUAUGGGGCUGAUCAGGGGCAUUUUGGUCAUUACAAGGAGGGGAUGGGGAUGAAGCACGGUGGAUAUGGGGGCGAUCAGGGGCAUUUUGGUCAUUACAAGGAGGGGAUGGGGAUGAAGCACGGCGGAUAUGGGGGUGAUCAGGGGCAUUUUGGUCAUUAUAAGGAGGUGAUGGAGAUGAAGAAUGGUGGAUAUGGGGCUGAUCAUGGGCAUAUAGGUUAUAGCAAGGAAGGGAUGAAGCAUGGUGGGUAUGGGGCCCACCAGGGGCAUUAUGGUCCACCUCAUCAGAAGGUUUCAGUCUGGGAAUUAAAGAGCAUUGUAGACUAAUGAAGAUUGCAAAAAUGAAUAAUUAAUAUGAUAUGAUGAAAGGAUUUUGGGUAUAAAGAAGUCUAAAAUUCCUCUACUAAAUAAUUGGAUGUGUAUGUGUGUGUUUGGAAGUUGGAACUCUACUUGUUUUAUGAUCUAUCUAUGUAUAUGAUAUGAUUAAUAUGACCUAUUUCUUCUUGUUGA